AUGGCCAUUCCAACUUCACGUACCUGUACAGACCAAAGUGCGGGUUUCCUCGAGCGCUUCUCCUUAUUCGAAAACAACAAAAAGCCGCAGCCAAAGUCUCUGUCGCCUGAGGAACACGCUGAGUUUCGCAAGCAUGCUAAGUCUGUACAGUACGUCAGACCAAAGCUAUCGGAGGGGACACAGAACAACCUUGGCGUGAUACUGACCAAGUGGAAAUGUUUUUGUAAAGAGCUUCUAGAUACAAAAGACUGGGAGACGGUCAUCAAAACGAUAGAGGUCCCGACUAUGAUAGAUUUCCUCCUAUACAUAUGCGAAUCCGACAGUGUAAAGGCUCAAGCGUUACUGACGCAGUAUUUCCGGCGAUUCCAACAGUUAUACAGAAUACAAACCGGAAACCACGUGGACCGCAAUGAUUCUGAGUUGGUCUACAAGUAUAUGCAUGCCAUUCUUAUUCCAACGUUUAACCUUUGUCCUCCUAACACCAAUAAACCAGUGCUAGAAAUGGAGGCACUACAUUGUAUCCUGACUUUCCACCUCGCCUACGACUAUGCCAUUCAGCCUCUGGAAAGGCAACGCGUCCAACUAUCAGCCUGCUACCAAGUCUUUUGCUACCCAGGCGUGCGUCCGGCUGAGCUCGACUGCAAUGAGCCGAAAAAAUCCAAAGACGGCACAGUGGAGGAAAUCUUUGGUGUUAACGGCGUUUCGUCCAUUUGCACUGAUUCUCGCCCCAUGGACAGCGCUAGGCACGAGGGAGUUGACGAGAGCAGAGGAGACCAGCAAGGUGAGGAUCAAGAGUCAUUGGUCCUUUCCCGGCUGCUGUUGCAGGAAACAGUUGCACGUGGAAGACCAAAGGCCCUUUGCUACGAAGACAUUCUACUGAUGAUAGUGCAUGACCCGGAGUCUGGUCAACUGAUCCCGGCGAUGGCUAUUAAAUUCGUCCAUCACAAAGGGUGCGACAAUAAACCAAGACCCUUGGUUGAUGCCUCGAGUGUAUUGAAUGUAAAACCAUGUGGCGGCAUGCAAUGCAUUCAACUGCGAUGGAAAGAGUCAAUGCUGAAGAAACCCGUGUUCCGACGUGUCAAAAGUGCGGAACUUUCAGAUGACGAGCGCAUGGCUUAUGCUAAGCUCCGUGAUGAUAUGGGUGAGCAGAGCCUCAAUGCCGGGUUCAAAGAGCGAUGGACUCCCAAGUUCUGCCGGAGAAGGGCAGGCAAUGCGGUGAAUGGUGACACGCUGGAUUCGAUCCGGGAUCAGAUGAUACGUCAUGAUCCCAGGUUUGCUACCUCUCGCGGAGCCUACCAGAAUUAA